UGCACACCAACUAUACUUCAAUUUAAAAAAGAAAACAGGGCUUCCCUGGUGGCGCAGUGGUUGAGAGUCCGCCAGGUGCUCCGCUGCAGGUGCGACCAUCCCACUGCAGCCCGCCGCUCACCUGGGCCGAGGUUACGCCCCCAGGCGGAGCUCCCCACAGCUUGGCCAAUCAGUACCCUCUCCAGGGGCGUGGCCUCAGGGUCCAGGUGCCCCUAGAGCUCCUCCGAUGCUAGGAUGCUGGGAAGACAGACACUCCCUCUAUCUUUCCUCUUCUAAAGGAGGAGUGUUGAGGCUGGAAUUUCUGUCCCUUGAAACCAAAACUCGGAGGGCGGCCCCUUAGGGGCUUAUAGGUCCACGAACUGGUUGCCUCUCCUGGGCCGCGGUGGUACGGCCCGGAAGGUACCAAGGGGAGGACGGCGGGGGCCGCCGUCUGGGCUGAAGUGGUACGCCAGAGGAUACCGCGAGGGGGCGCCAUCGCCCCCCCAUCUGGGCGGAGGUGGUACAGCCCGGAAGGUGCCAAGGGGGAAAACCGCGAGGGGCGCCAGCCGAGGUGGUACGGCCCGGGUACCAAGGCCGCGGGUGUCGCCGUCGCCCCACCCCCGCCUGGGCUGAAGUGGUACGGCCCGGAGAGUGCCAAGGGGAUGACUACGGGGAUCGCCCAGCAGCACCACCCCCGACUGGGCUGAGGUGGUACGGCCCGAAGGGUGCCAAGGGGAUGACCAUAGGGUCGCCGUCACCCAGAAUCACCACCGCCGCCUGGGCUGAAGUGCCCGCGCCCCGCCCGGUGCCGCCCGCAUGGCCGCUGCCUCCAUCCCCGCGUCCCUGCCCUGCGCUGCCCGCCGCACCUGAGAUGUCGGCAUCCGCUAAGCCCGCGGCCCUGGCAGAGCUGGCUCCGGGCCCCGGUGAGAAGCCGGGGGGACGGCCGCUCCUGGCCUGGGGCCCCGUGUUUGGCCACCGGAGUGAGAAGAUCGCGUUUGGCCAGAGCGAAGGUGGCCCCGACGGGCAGGCGCUCACGGUCACCGUCACUGAGACGACCGUCAUCGAGGCGGACCUGGGCGUUUGGGGUGCCCGCGCCCUCAUCUACCUCACACUCUGGUUCUUCUUCAGCUUCUGCACCCUGUUUCUCAACAAGUACAUCCUGUCCCUGCUGGAAGGGGAGCCCAGCAUGCUAGGGGCCGUGCAGAUGCUGUCAACCACGCUUAUCGGCUGCGUUAAAAUAUUUGUUCCCUGCUGCUUGUAUCAGCACAAAACCCGGCUUUCUUACCCUCCCAACUUCAUCAUGACCAUGUUGUUCGUGGGUCUCAUGAGGUUUGCAACAGUGGUUUUGGGUCUGGUCAGCCUGAAAAAUGUGGCGGUGUCCUUUGCUGAGACGGUGAAGAGCUCGGCCCCCAUCUUCACUGUGAUCCUGUCCCGGACCGUCCUGGGGGAGCACACCGGGCUGCUGGUCAACCUCUCGCUUAUCCCUGUCAUGGGCGGCCUGGCGCUGUGCACGGCCACCGAGAUGAGCUUCAACUUCCUGGGGUUUUCGGCCGCCUUGUCCACCAACAUCAUGGACUGUUUGCAGAACGUUUUCUCCAAAAAGCUCCUCAGCGGGGACAAAUAUAGGUUCUCGGCUGCGGAGCUUCAGUUCUACACCAGCGCGGCCGCCGUGGCCAUGCUCGUCCCGGCCUGGAUCUUCUUCAUGGACUUGCCGGUCAUCGGGAGGAGCUUCCGCGCCAGCCAGGACGUGCUGCUUCUGCUGCUGGCGGAUGGCGUCCUGUUCCACCUGCAGAGCGUCACGGCCUACGCCCUCAUGGGGAGGAUCUCCCCCGUGACCUUCAGUGUCGCCAGCACCGUCAAGCACGCCCUGUCCAUCUGGCUCAGCGUCAUCGUUUUCGGCAACAGGGUCACCAGCCUGUCAGCCGUGGGCACCGUGCUGGUGACAGCCGGAGUCCUGCUCUACAACAAGGCCAAGCAGCGGCAGCAGGCGGCCAUGCAGAGCCUGGCUGCGGCCACCAGCCAGUGCCCAGACAGCAGCCCUGAGCCGCUGCUCCCCCCGGACCCCCGGCCACACCCCUGAGCCCCGGAGCCUCAGGGGCGCCGCGCACCACGCCCGUGCUCGCCAGCGCGGGACCCCCUUCACCUCUCCCGCUCCCUGGACGGCAGGCGUGGGGCCUCCGGCUCCACGGGUCACGGUCCGGGUGCGGGUGGGCAGCCUUUCCCGCUCUUUCCUGGGAUGUUCGGUCAGAGCUGGGGGAGCUCGAAUCGGGGUCCCAGAUGUCAGCCCCUGGGGCGCAGACCACAGCUGCCACUGAGCCCUUGCCGAGCCACGUGACCUCCUCCUCCCGGCGGCCUCUGCGGACCCCUGCAGCCAGGCCAGGCCCCGAUUCCUCUGUGGGUGACGGCCCCUGGGGACAGCUGCGAAGCCGGGGCUGCAGCCAGGUGCCAGCGGCCUCCCUCCCCACCUGCAGCCGGCGCAGAGAAGCCGCUUCCCCCACGCCAGCCGUCGGCGGCCACCGGAGGUACGUCCGGCUCCUCGGCCGUCAGGGAGUCUGUCCACUGGGCUCGGACAGGCUGCCCCACUGCCCGGACGCGGAGGCCACGGCAUCGGGGCACAGAGCGGAGAGGGGACAGCUGGGGUGCAGAGACCGGGGUUCCCUGCUCCUGAGGAUGGAGUGGCCGGCCCCCGCCUCCCGCCCGGGGCGGAGCUGCCCGCAUCUGCACCACUUAGGAGCGAAGGCGGCCCCACCCCUUUCCGUGCCUGCUGCGCCGAGCUCCUCACCACCUGAAGGUCCAGCCCUCACCUGCGGCCGGGGCGUCCCCAGAGGCCCAGACGUGGCUUCCAGCCCAAGGCUGUGGGCAGCCCCCCGCGGUGUCUGGCUCAGGGAGGGGGCUGCUGUCCCUUCUGCCCCCCCUGGGUGAGAGGCAGGCUGUUCGGAGCGCCCCCGGGGAGCACCCGCCCGCACUCAGCUGGUCAGGAGCCUUGCCUUGUCUCGUCAACGAGGCUUUUAGGACUUUCCCUCGUGAACGAUGAGCAGGACGAGUGUGGAAUAUUUACAGUUUUUGUUAUGCUGCGUUUAAAAUGACAGCGUAGGUUUUUAAAAGGAGACACAGGCGUGGGUGGCUUCUGGAAGGCAUCGUGUAUGCCAGGUAAACCACAAUCAGCCCCGCGGCCCGGCCCGCCGCCUCCAGAGCACACAGACGGACGGCCAGGUGUCUGAGGCCUGUGGUGGGGCUGAGGCUCCGCCCCUCGCUUCACCCCUUGCCCCGCCGCCUGUUGGGAUUUCUGAUCGGGCCGCAGCCCCUCCCUCCCACCAGGCUCGGGCUCUGGGGCUUGUCAGGUGCAGCCCUGCUCGGGGCCCGCAGGCUGGCCGCCUGGCCAUCCCCAGCCAGCCUGCGGACGGAGCCACCCGAGGGCACAAAUCGUUCCCUGAGUCUCAGGCAACAGUCCCAGCUGUUCGGGGCCUGGGCUCCCUGAUUGCUUCUCUGGUUUUCCAGUUGGAUUCUCAACUGGAAAAUAUAAAAUAGCCCCUCCUGGAGAGCAAAUCUCUUGGAAACAAAGAGCAAUAACUACAUCUCAUUAAGUUCCGCUAACUUUAAAAAGCUUGCAAUGAUGAUGGAUUAAAAUGAGGCCUUUUAAACUACAAACAACCUUUUUACGAAGCUGACCUCCUGCUCCAGAGGACGGCGGGUCACACGCACCUUCACCGUGCAGGGGUUGCUCGUGUGACUUUCCCAGGUUUUACCCCUUUCCUCUUUUUCCGCUUCCCCCCAAAACAAAACUAAAGAGGAUUCUUUGGCCGUAGCUGGGGUGGCCGGCUGGUGCAUUGAUCUGAGAGGACCAGAGAGAAAGCACCGUUUCCCUGGGGCUGCUGCCUCUGCCCUCAGACUGUGGCCGCUGUGCCCACGGCUGAUGGUGAGACGUGAACAGAAGGGGCGCAUCUGUGGUCGCCCACGGCAGACUGUCAUCUGAGCGUGAUCAGGUGCCAGCCGCCUGUGUCUGAGUGUUGUUAGGGACCUGGGUCCCUGCCUCCUGUGGACGUGCCCCUCCCUCCACUCUCAUCCUGUUUUGAUUUUCUAGAUAUUAGGACCAAGAAAGAUUUUCCUAAAUUGUUAGUAAAUGAGGCGAUUUCUAGCAAAGCCGCUUUUGAGACUUCUCCUCAUCCCGGGUGGGAGGCCACACAACAUGUGCUGCAGCUGCAGUCUGUCUGCAUCUCCACCCCUAAGUCGCCCACAUGUUGGGCAUUUCCGGGACAGCCCUGCGCCAGGAGUCAAACCCCGCAGCCUGGCAAUGGCAUUUAAUAACCGUACAGACCUGUUUUUUAAUUAACUUUGUCUACUAGUUUUUUAGUAUGUUCUUUUCACUGAACCAUCGCAGGCGUGCUCGUACCAGUGUUGACACUGGGUGUCGUGUGUUACAUUGGGUCCAUUCCUCCUGUGUCUUUGGUCGUUGUCCGUGCCUUUGU